AUGGCGCCCACCUACCCUCCACCCGGCGCUGCCAACGAGUACCCUUCUCCUGCCGCUUCUCGUCGACCUUCCGAGUGUUUCUCUGAGAUGAGUAUGAGCAGCAGCAGGAGAGGCAGCUUGGCUGGAUUUGCGUCGGACAUGGAGAGUACAGGGCAGUGGCAAUCUAUAGGCAGCGAAUCAAAAAGUCCUUUAGCGCAAUUUGGAUUCUUCAAGAGUCUGACCGACAAGAAGACUACGAGAGAUGGCCAACCGCCAAAGAGAAGAGGACCUAAACCGGACAGCAAACCUGCCUUGACACGGCGACAGGAGUUGAACCGCCAGGCACAAAGAACACACCGGGAAAGAAAAGAGCUGUAUAUCAAAGCUCUUGAACAGGAGGUGAUACGUCUCAAGGACACGUUCGCCGCUACGUCUCGGGAACGAGACGCUUUCGCAGAAGAGAACCGGCGACUGAGAGAAUUGCUUAUGGCGCAUGGAAUCUCCUUCGACACUUCCAGCCCAGCAAGCAACGGCAUGGGUCGAGUUGAUAGCUCUGCCUAUGGAAGUUCUACGGGUAGCGUAUCAGGCUACGGGCCAGGAUCAGCGUCGACUGGCUACACAUCACCACCAACACACGGAUCAGUUUCUCAUGAUGGCAUGAGUGGCCAGCCCUUGACUCUGCAACAACAAGCCCAACAGUUACAUCAUCAACAGCAGCAUGGGCUCGACUAUGACCAGAUUGGGAUAGACUUCGUUUUAACGCUCGAGCGACCUUGCAUGGAUCACAUGCAGUUUUUAAUGGUACGCGCCCACGACGCCGACGAAAACAUUAGUGGUCAUGCGCUCAUGGCCACCGCCCCUCCCGACGCGCAUAUCGCAAAUUGCCCCGAGGAGAAGUAUCCACAUCAGAUGCCGGACGUCAAGAUGCCGGACUUGAUGAAGCUGCUCGAUUUGAGCAACCGUCUGCCCCUUGAUGGGGAGAUCACGCCCAUUAUGGCUUGGGCGAAGAUCCUACAAGACGAGAACAUUCGGGAUCUUUCCAAGCAAGACAUUGAGCUCAUGAAGACAGAGCUCCUUGCCAAAGUCCGCUGCUACGGCUUUGGCGCAGUCCUUGAGGAGUUUGAAGUCAGCGACGCCAUGAUGACUGUUCUUGCUGGCAAAUUCUCGAAUGAUCCUACGCCCGCAUAA